UUUCUGCCUCCGCUGCUGCCAUGGCACCCAUGAAAAAGCUUGUGGUGAAGGGGGGCAAAAAAAAGAAGCAGGUUCUGAAGUUCACCCUGGGCUGCACCCACCCUGUAGAAGAUGGAAUCAUGGAUGUUGCCAAUUUUGAGCAGUUUCUCCAAGAGAGAAUCAAGGUGAACGGGAAAGCUGGAAAUCUUGGUGGAGGAGUGGUCACCAUCGAGAGAAGCAAAAGCAAGAUCACUGUAACCUCUGAGGUGCCUUUCUCCAAAAGGUAUUUGAAAUAUCUCACCAAAAAAUAUUUGAAGAAGAAUAAUCUACGUGAUUGGUUACGCGUAGUUGCUAACAGCAAAGAGAGUUAUGGAUUAUGUUACUUCCAGAUUAACCAGGACGAAGAAGAGGAGGAAGACAAGGAUUAAAAUUCAUUUAUCUGG